AUGCCCACAGUGCACCUGCUUGAUUAUGUUGCUGGGAACGUUAGAUCUCUAGUCAAUGCAAUCCGAAAGGUUGGCUAUGAAGUAGAAUGGAUCAAAUCACCUGAGGAAAUUCGCAAUGCAGAGAUACUGAUUUUGCCGGGAGUUGGACAUUUUGGGCACUGUCUUUCUCAACUCGCUGCGGGUGGCUUUUUGGAACCAGUUCGGAAGCAUAUUGAAUCAGGCCGACCUUUCAUGGGUAUCUGUGUCGGGCUGCAGGCACUUUUCAGUGGCUCUGACGAAGACCCCAAAGUUCCUGGCCUAGGGUUGAUACCAAUGCGACUACGAAGAUUCGAUGACAGUAACAAGAGCGUACCACACAUCGGAUGGAACUCAGCUAGGAGCACCAGUCAGGAAGGCUCCACGUCCACAACUCUCUAUGGACUGCGUCCAGAUAGUAAAUACUACUACGUUCAUUCAUAUGCUGUCCCUUACGAGGCUGGCGUGCUCGAAAAAGAAGGAUGGUCGGUCGCUACGGCUAUGUACGGAGAAGAAGAAUUCGUUGGCGCGAUAGCACGAGGAAAUGUCUUUGCGACACAAUUUCACCCUGAGAAGAGCGGACAAGCAGGCUUGCGCACAAUUCGCGCUUUUUUGACGGGCCAAAAGUUCGAGUCCUUUGAGAUAUCUCCACGGGAAGCUGAAAAGCAAGACGGAUUGACUCGAAGAGUUAUUGCAUGUCUUGAUGUGCGAACGAACGAUGAAGGAGAUCUCGUUGUCACAAAGGGGGAUCAAUAUGACGUGCGAGAGAAAGACGGAAUAAAUAGCGGUGGUAAAAUAAGGAAUCUUGGCAAGCCGGUCGACAUGGCAAGGAAGUACUACGAACAAGGCGCCGACGAAGUGACAUUUUUGAAUAUCACAUCUUUUCGAAACUGUCCUUUGAAGGACACUCCCAUGCUGGAAAUCUUACGGCGAACUUCGGAAACAGUGUUUGUGCCCCUCACGAUCGGCGGGGGAAUAAAGGAUUCGGUAGACACAGAUGGGACUCAAGUUUCUGCGCUGGACGUUGCUACGAUGUAUUUUAAGUCUGGUGCUGACAAGAUUAGCAUUGGUUCUGACGCCGUCAUUGCUGCGGAAGAGUAUUAUAAAAACGGGAGGAAAUUGACUGGAAAGACUGCGAUAGAGCAGAUAUCGAAGGCAUAUGGGAAUCAAGCCGUGGUUGUCAGUGUGGAUCCAAAACGUGUCUACGUUAACGGGCCUGGUGACACUAGCCACCACACAAUCAAGACGGCGUAUCCAAAUGCUCAAGGCCAAGACACUUGUUGGUAUCAAUGCACUAUCAAAGGAGGUAGAGAAUCUCGUGACCUCGACGUUCGUCAACUGGUACAAGCAGUGGAAGCAAUGGGAGCCGGCGAGAUUCUUCUGAAUUGCAUCGACAAAGAUGGGAGCAACAGCGGCUUUGAUCUGGAAUUGAUUCGUGAUGUUAAAGCUGCUGUCAAAAUUCCGGUGAUAGCCUCUAGUGGAGCUGGACACCCGGUUCAUUUCGAACAAGUUUUCAAGGAAACCCCGGCAGAUGCGGCACUGGGAGCUGGCAUGUUACUGGGCAAGGUUGCAGGUGGUAGGUACUAG